AUGGACAACACGACACCCAUUGAAAGACAACUUGAGGUGAAACCCGCGAGUGACGCUGGUCCGGAUGUGUUCACCCACAGACAUACCCUUUGGCAGCUCCAAGGUGCACGAGGAAUCUUCGGCGGCAUCACCAUCGGACAGAGUUUGAGUGCAGCACAAGAAACCAUCGCACCAGAAUUCGAUGCACACUCAAUGCAUUGCACGUUUGUGAGUGCAGGAAGUGCCACAGAGACCAUCUACUACCAUGUCGAGCGUGUUCGAGAUGGUAAGAGCUUCAUCAUCCGUGCUGUGAAGGCAAUCCAGAAUGACCGUACAAUAUUCCUUGCAACAAUCAGUUUUGCUCGUACAUCACCAGAGUCGACCACCAAUCUCCACCACGCGGAGCCUAAGCCCCCAAUGGUGCCGAAGCCGCCGGCCAUCGCCUCAGACGACAAUGAAGAUGUCUCGGGGACCCCCUACAUGAAUCAAAGUGUUGGAAUGACGCAUAGCACAUCUGAGCCAAGCGCCAAGCGUAUGCAUCAAUGGAUUAAGACACGUGGGAAAAUUUCGUCCAAGUGGGGCUCGCGGGCACAUCUCGCAGCAUUGGCGUUUAUGUCGGAUAGUUAUUUUCUCGCGGGCCUACCUCAAUCCCACAAUGUAUGGAGCUUUGUCAAUCCCCCAGUUACCGAGUUCUACGACCGUGAAGACCGGCUUGCAUUGGCGUCUCCAAUUCACACUCCAAUUCCCAGACCACAUGUUCACGGGGGCCAGACUGUGUCAACCGAGCGUAGGGUCGGAAUGAUGGUUAGUCUGGAUCAUUCUAUUCACUUCCACCAAACCAGAGACCUAAAAGUCGACGACUGGCUGUUGACAGAAGUCCAAACUCAUUGGGCUGGCCAGGGCCGUGGCUUGGUGUCCCAGAAGAUAUGGGAUCAAGAUGGCACGUUACUUGCAGCCUGCACUCAAGAGGGUAUCGUGCGACUUGAGCGGCGUUCGGAUGACCAUAAUCAAUCCGACGUUGCUUCUAAACUCUGA